AUGGUAACAGGUUAUGUGAGCCCAACGACCCUGACCGUUCCACGUCGACUAGGUGGCUAUCGUUUAGUAUUUCGGCGUGUGUUCAAACUACAUUGGGACAGCUUUCGCAUUCAUAAUGAGCUACGCAAUUGCACUGCGUGGUCCGCGACAUUUCCAGUGGGACCGAGGGAAGCUCAGCUACAGGGAUAUUCCAUCUCUUUUUGA